AUGACAGACAUCGCUGUAAGGGGCCAUGCUGACUAUGGCGGUGGUGGUAUGAACGAUGAGGAAUACGAUGAAAAUUCAUCUGCUCGCCUUUUCGAGCGAAGUCGUAUCAAGGCCCUUGCAGAUGAGCGUGAGAACGUUCAGAAGAAAACGUUCACGAAAUGGGUCAACUCUCACUUGGUUAGAGUUAGUUGCAAGGUGCAAGAUCUGUAUAUGGAUUUGAGAGAUGGUAAAUACUUACUUAAAUUAUUGGAAGUUCUGUCAGGAGAACGAUUGCCUAAACCUACCAGAGGUAAAAUGCGUAUUCACUGCUUAGAAAAUGUAGAGAAGGCAUUGAAUUUUCUUCGAGACCAGCAUGUACAUUUGGAAAAUUUGGGUUCUCAUGAUAUUGUGGAUGGCAGUCCACGUUUAACAUUAGGUCUCAUUUGGACUAUCAUCCUACGAUUCCAGAUCCAAGAUAUUACUUUCGAAGACGCUGAUAACCAUGAGACAAGAAGCGCCAAGGAAGCACUUCUUCUCUGGUGUCAAAUGAAAACUGCUGGUUAUCCUAACGUCAACGUUAGAAACUUCACAACUAGCUGGCGUGAUGGUUUGGCAUUCAAUGCCCUUAUUCACAAACAUAGGCCCGAUUUGGUUGAUUAUGAAAAUCUGCAGAAAUCUAAUGCUCUUUUCAAUCUGCAAAACGCAUUUGACGUUGCUGAGCAACAACUUGGUCUUUCAAAGUUCUUGGAUGCUGAAGAUAUUAAUGUCGAUCAGCCUGACGAGAAAUCCAUUAUUACCUAUGUCGUCACAUAUUAUCACUAUUUCAACAAAAUGAAACAUGAGAACAUCCAAGGAAAACGUAUUGGAAAAGUUAUCAACGAGCUUAUGGAAAACGAAGAGCGUAUCAACAAAUAUGAAACGAUCUCCUCAGAUCUUUUGGAUUGGAUUAAGCAAACAAUUGAAAAACUCAAUGACCGAACUUUUUCUAAUUCCCUACAAGGGGUUCAGGAGCAAUUAACUGAGUUUAACAAUUACAGAACUCAGGAAAAACCACCUAAGUUCGAAGAGAAAGGUGAACUCGAAGUUCUUCUUUUCACAUUGCAGUCGGCUAUGCGUGCCAACAAUCAAAGAGCUUACGUUCCACGUGAAGGAAAACUGAUAGGAGACAUCAACCGAGCUUGGGAAGCUCUUGAGAAAGCCGAACACGAGCGUGAACUUGCCCUCAAAGAGGAACUAAUUCGACAAGAAAAACUCGAGCAACUCGCUGCCCGUUUCAACAGAAAGGCUGAAAUGAGGGAGACAUGGUUAACAGAGAAUCAACGCCUUGUCAGUCAAGAUAACUUUGGUUCUGAUUUGGCAAGCGUUGAAGCAGCAACCAAGAAACACGAAGCUAUCGAAACUGAUAUUUAUGCUUAUGAAGAACGUGUUCAAGCUGUUAUUGCUGUUGCCGGAGAGCUUGAAGCAGAAAACUACCAUGCUAUGGCUGAUAUUAACACUCGCAAGGAUAACGUUGUGCAGUUAUGGAAUUAUUUAGUUCAACUUUUGUUAGCUCGACGUGUCCGUUUGGAACUUUCCAUGGCUAUCCAGCGUGUCUUCCACGAUAUGCUUCUCACCUUGGAUCUCAUGGACGACAUCAAGUCGCGAUUGUUAUCUGAUGAUUUGGGCGUUCAUCUCAUGGACGUGGAGGACCUGCUCCAGAAGCACGCUCUUCUAGAAUCUGACAUCAACAUCAUUGGUGAUCGUGUUCGUAGCGCAAUCAGCCAAGCUGAACGCUUCAAAUCUCCUGAUGGUCCUGAUGGCAGCAAAUACUUCCCAGUUGAACCAUCAGUUGUUGAAGAACGUUCUUCCAUUCUUCAAUCCCGUUAUCAAGAAUUGCUUGAAUUGGCAGCUCAACGUAAACAUCGUCUCGAAGACAAUCGUAGACUUUGCCAAUUCUGGUGGGAUGUUGCUGAGUUGGAGCAAGGAAUCAAGGAGCAAGAGCAAGUUCUUUCAUCUUCUGAUACUGGCAAAGACAUUGUUACUGUUUCCCAUCUUCUCGCUAAACAUAAGAACGCUGAGAACAAUUUGGUAAUCUUAGAAAAGACUUUGAGCAACUUGGACGGAGAAGGACAAACUCUUGUUCAAGACAACAUUCCAGGAUCUGAUAAUAUUCCACCAAGACUCGACCAAAUUCGAGAAUACAUCACCAAGUUGAAGGAUCUCGCUGUAUUACGCCGUAACCGUCUUUCCGGAGGAGUUGACUAUUAUCAGUUCUUCACUGAUGCUGAUGAUGUUGAUGCUUAUCUCCUCGACACUCUUCGAGUUGUCAGCUCUGAUGAUGUUGGAAAAGAUGAAGGAACCGUUCAAUUACUUCUUCGUAAACACGAUGAUGUUAGUGAGGAACUGCAAGUGUUCGAUGAGCACAUCAAGCAACUUUACCAAAAGGUUGAGGCUCUUCCAGUUGAUGCUCGUGAGCAUCCCGACAUUCGUGAGCGUUUGGAUACAACUUUGAAACGCAAAACCGAAUUGGAGAACCUUGCUCAGCUUCGCAAGCAACGUCUUAUCGAUGCAUUGUCAUUGUACAAAUUGUAUGCUGAUGCCGAUAGUGUCGAAGCUUGGAUCGAUGAGAAGGGAAAACUGUUGGCUACUCUCGUACCUGGACAAGACUUGGAAGAAGUCGAGAUCAUGAAGCAUCGUUUCGAAACUUUGGAACAAGAUAUGAACAAUCAAGAAGCCAAAGUUGCUACGGUUAAUGAAUUGGCUCGUCAACUUCUCCACGUCGAUCAUCCUAACUCUGAUGACAUUCUUCACCGUCAAAAUAAACUCAACGCUCGUUGGGCUCAGCUUCGUGAUAUGGUUGAUCAGAAGAGAGCUGAAUUGGACCGGGCUCACCGCUUGGAAACAUUCCGCAUCGAUUGUCAAGAAACUGUUACAUGGAUCGAAGACAAGACUCGUGUUUUGGAAGAUUCCGAUGCUCUUACCAACGACUUGUCUGGUGUCAUGAAACUCCAACGUCGUUUGUCCAUGAUGGAGAGAGAUUUGGGAGCCAUUCAAGCCAAGUUGGAUUCUCUUCACAAGGAAGCCGAUUCCAUCGAACGCGAAAGACCAUCCGAAGCUCAUGCUAUUCGCGAGGAUAUCAAACGUAUUCACCAUGUUUGGGACAUCCUCAACAAGAAGGUUCGCGAGCACGAAGCUAAGCUUGAUGAAGCUGGAGAUCUUCAACGAUUCCUCCGUGAUUUGGAUCACUUCCAAGCCUGGCUCACUGCUACUCAACGUCAAGUUGCUUCUGAAGAUGAGCCACAAUCUCUGGCUGAAGCUGAACAACUCCUCAAUCAACAUGCUUCCAUUAGAGAAGAAAUUGAUGGAUAUGCUGAAGAUUACCGUAAAAUGCGUGCUAUGGGUGAUCGUGUCACCCAAGACCAAACCGAUCCUCAGUAUAUGUUCUUGCGCCAGAGACUUGUUGGACUUCAAGAAGGAUGGGAUGAACUCCAAUCCAUGUGGAAUAACCGCCAACAUUUGUUGAGCCAAGGAUUGAACUUGCAAAUGUUCCUUCGCGAUGCCAAGCAAGCCGAAGUUAUGCUAUCUCAACAAGAGAACUUUAUGGCCAAGGAUGAAGUUCCCAGCAGCUUAGAACAGGCUGAAAAUGUUCUUAAGAGAUUCCAGGACUUUAUGACUACUAUGGAUGCCAACGACGAGAAGAUCCGUGCCGUCGGAAUGUUCGGAGAUCAACUCUGCCUAGAUGGACAUUAUGCCGCUGAUAAGAUCCAUAAGAAGGCUCGCAACAUCGAAGAAAGACGUGAAGCUAACCGUGAUAAGGCUAAGGAUAUGCUCGCCAAACUCAAGGAUGCUCAAUCACUCCAACAAUUCUUAUCCGAUUGCGAAGAACUUCGUGAAUGGAUUGAGGAGAAGAUGAUCCGUGCUCAAGAUGAGACUUACAGAGAUGCUAAGACUAUCACAUCUAAGUUCGUUCGUCACCAAGCCUUCCAAAGCGAGUUGCAAGCCAACAAGGAACGUCUCGACCAACUCCGUCAAGCUGCUAUCCAUCUCGAAGAAGAUAAGCCAGAAUUCCAAGGAACUAUCGAUCCUCAAAUCUGCGAAUUGGCUACUCAAUGGGAACAACUCGAGAAGACAACUGAAGAGAAGGGACAGAAAUUGUUCGAUGCUAACCGUCAACAAUUGUAUGUCCAGUCUAUUGCUGACAUGAAGGAAUGGGCCACACAACUCGAAAAGGAGAUGGUUCGCGAUGAUCCUGCUGCUGACUUGACUACCGUCAAUGUUGCCAUGCAGAAACAACAACUCAUCGAAACUGAAAUGAUCAAGAAAGCUCAGCAUAUUGAUCAGCUCAUGGAAAUGGAACCACAGUUGGAAGAAAUGCACCCAGACGAAUUGGAAGAUAUUCGUGCUCAUCGUUUGGCUAUCCAAGAACAGCUCCAGAGAUUACAAGCUCCUUUGGACGACCGCAGAAGACAAUUGGAACGCAAAAAGGCCGCCUUCCAAUUCGGUCGCGAUGUUGAUGACGAAUUGGACUGGAUUCAAGACCGUCUUUUGGCUUCUCGCAACCAACACCUCGGAGAGAACCUCCCCGAUUGCCACAGACUCCAAAAGAAUGCUCAGUUAUUGGCUAAUGAGAUUGAUAACCACGAAUUGUGGAUUAACAGGAUCUGUGAUAAUGGACGUGCUUUGAUUGAAGGAGGUCAUGAAAACUCUGGUGCCUUCCAACUUCGCAUCGCCGAACUUAACAACGCCUGGCAGGAGUUGAAGGAUUCUCUUAGGGAUAGAAAAGCAAGACUUGCCGAAUCCGAAAAGGCUCACCAAUUCCUUUAUGACUGUGGAGAGGCCGAGGCUUGGAUGAGCGAACAAGAACUCUACAUGAUGCAAGAUGAACGUGGAAAAGAUGAAUUCUCUACUAAGAACCAAAUCAAGAAACACGAACGUCUUCAACAUGAGAUCGACAAGUUCGCUGAUACCAUCCGUGACUUGUCCACCAAGGCUCAGAAGUUCGUUGAUGAGAAGAGUCCAUUGAGUGAUCAAAUCAUCCUCCGACAAGCUCAAAUCGAAAAAUUAUACGCUGGACUCCAAGAUCUGUCCAAGGAGCGCAGAAAGCGUCUUGAGGAAACUCUUGAGCUUUAUGCUCUUCAUCGUGAAAUUGAUGACUUACUCCAAUGGAUCGCCGAUAAGGAGGUUGUUGCUGGAAGUCAAGAGAAUGGACAAGACUACGAACACGUACAAAUGCUUCAAGAACGAUUCCAACAAUUUGCUCGUGACACAGAAGUUAUUGGUGCUGAUCGUGUAGCUAAGGCUAACGAUGGUUGUGAAGCUUUGAUUGAUGCUGGACACACUGAUGCUCCAACCAUUGCACUCUGGAAAGACAGUCUCAAUGAAGCUUGGGAGAAUCUUCUCGAACUCAUCGACACUCGUGCCCAGAUGCUGGAAUCCAGCCGCCUUCUUCAUAAGUUCUUCCACGAUUGUCGCGACUGUCUUUCUCGCAUCAUCGAGAAGACACAUAGCAUGCCUGAAGAACUUGGACGCGACUCUUCCAGUGUUGGAGCCCUUGCCCGUAAGCAUGCCAACUUCCUUACUGACAUCGAAGCCAUUGGUGAGCAAGUCGCUCAGAUUGAAAGAGAUGCAGGAGAACUCCGUGAUGGAUACGCUGGAGAAAAAGCCGUUGAAAUCGCAACAAGAGAAAGUGAAGUUGUCAAGGCUUGGAGACAUCUCCGAGCCAGCUGUGAUGUGCGAACAUCGAGACUCCACGAUACUAACGACUUGUUCCGCUUCAUUAACAUGGUCCGUGAUUUAUUACUCUGGAUGGAUGAGGUUAAGAGAGAGAUGAGCUCACAAGAACGUCCAAAGGAUGUCAGCGGAGUUGAAUUACUCAUGAACAAUCACCAGAGCUUGAAGGCAGAAAUUGACGCUCGAGAAGAGAACUUCAAUAACUGUAUUUCACUUGGACGCGACCUACUGAACAGAAGACAUUACGCUUCAACCGAGAUUGAAAAGAAAUUAAUAAAACUAACAACCGAAAGAGCCGAAAUGAUGAGACGAUGGGAAGACCGAUGGGAAUACCUUCAACUCAUCUUGGAAGUUUAUCAAUUCGCUCGUGACGCCGCUGUGGCCGAAGCCUGGCUUAUGGCUCAAGAGCCAUACUUGUUAUCCCGUGAAUAUGGAAGAAACUUGGAAGAAACUAUUGCUCUCAUCAAGAAGCAUGAGGCUUUCGAGAAAUCUGCUCAUGCUCAAGAAGAAAGAUUCCUUGCCCUCGAAAAAUUGACCACCUACGAAUUAAAAGAACGACAACGCGAAGACGAAGAGAGUCGACGACGCGGACACGUCGGAUCCCCUACUAAGUCCCAGCCCCACGAAACAACAUUUGGAACCGAACAAGACGAUCGUAGUCGAAUUUCGUCGGAACCGUCAGGCUGGAGGAUGAGCUUAGCUCGAACUGUUAAAUUUGAUUCCAAGGAUGCUCGUGGAGCCAAAUCUGGUGAUGCCUUCGAAGGAGUGUUAAUACGAAAACACACCUAUGAAGCAUUAGAUCGCAAGUCGGCUAACCGAUCGUGGGAGAAGUUGUACACUGUUCUUCGAGGAAGUGAUCUGUCAUUCUUCAAGGAUUCCAAACACAGAGAUGAAGGAGCCACGUUCCACAACGAACCAUCUCUUUCAUUAGCUGGUUGUUCAGUCACCAUAGCUCAAGAUUAUUCCAAGAAAAAGAAUGUGUUGUCUUUACGAUUACCAGUUGGAGCCGAGUACCUCUUACAGUGUGCUGAUGAUACCGAUCUUCAACGGUGGUUAACUGAAUUACAAGUCGCUACAGGUCAGUCACAGCUAGAGGAGGCUUCCCGAUCUCAGACACUACCUGAAGGAUCACAAGGAAAGGCGAAGAAAGGUGGCUUCUUCUCGAGGAGUAAGAAGUAA